GCUCGCACCAUGCAGCGGUACUCGCUCUAAAUUACAUAAGCUCAACUUAUAUAUUUUAAUUUCGAGUGUAUGUGUAUAUAAAAGUGUACAUAGUGUUUGUUUAAUUUAAUAAUUGGAUGCUGACGGUGGAUAGAAGCUGUACAGGAAAUCGAGAGAUGAAACGUAAAAGGUGAAGUUCCGACGUCGCUCAGUGACGUGUCCGGUGUCCGCGAUGAGCGCAGACGUUACUACCAUGCGCCGCGUCCUCUUCUGUCUCCUUUCGCUCUCUCUGCAUAGAAACUUGGCGUUCGUCCUCGAUAAACAAAACCCAUACUCACAGUUCCGAAAAUGGAACGCCGGACUCAAUGGAACUUUGGAACUCGAGUUCAAGACAGAUCAGCCCAAUGGGUUACUUCUGUAUACUGACGAUGGUGGAACUUACGACUUCUUCGAAUUAAAAUUGGUAAACGGAGCUCUGAGACUGAGAUAUAAUUUGGGUGGGGGAGCUCAAAUAAUAACGGUGGGCAGUAAUCUGAAUGAUGGUCACUGGCAUAAAGUUCAGGUUGCUCGACGUGACGAGCACACGUCCCUGACGGUGGACGGCGUGACGCAGAGCAAGACGUCACGCGGCAAGGAGUACGUAUUCGGCAAGUUCGCCUCCAACUCAGAUGUCUUCGUGGGAGGCAUUCCGCCAUCGUGA